GUCGGAAGCCGGUCGGAGGCUGCGGGGAGGAAGCAGUUACCCGGCCCGCAACUGCACAACUGCACCAAACUGUGGCUUCAUUACUGCGCGAGCAAUCAGAGCAGCGCUGAUUGGAUGGCAGCCGGGACGAGCGCACCGAAGCAAACGACUCCUUCCGCGCAGCUUCCUCGAGGUUUUCUCUCUCUCUGCUUCACCUCCUCGCCCUCUUCCUCUCUUCCCCACUUCUCGCAAUGCCGGUCUCUGCUACUCUCCUGCGGUCCGCCGUCGUCCGCUCGUCGGCACUCAGACGCGUCGCCCCCGCCGCCCUGCCAAAGACCCUCGCUCGCUUCCUGGCCACUCCCGCCGCCUCGCCCGCGCCCGUGUACACCACCCUCAAGAACGGCCUGACGAUCGCUACUCUCGAGAUCCCCUACACCCAGACUGCCACCGUCGGCGUCUGGAUCGACUCCGGCUCCCGCUCCGAGACCGAGGCCAACAACGGCACCGCCCACUUCCUCGAGCACCUCGCUUUCAAGGGAACCGAGAAGCGUUCCCAGCGUGACAUCGAGCUCGAGAUCGAGAACCUCGGCGCCCACCUCAACGCCUACACUUCGCGCGAGAACACCGUCUACUACGCCAAGGCCUUCAAGUCCGAUGUCCCCAAGACCGUCGAAAUCAUCUCUGACAUUCUCCAAAACUCAAAACUCGAGAAGAGCGCCAUCGAGCGUGAGCGCGAUGUCAUCAUCCGCGAGUCCGAAGAAGUCGAGAAGCAAUACGAGGAGGUUGUAUUUGACCAUCUCCACGCUGUCGCCUUCCAGGGCCAGAACCUUGGCCGCACCAUCCUCGGCCCCAAGGAGAACAUCCUUUCCAUCACCCGUGAAGACCUCACCAGCUACAUUAGCCAGAACUACAAGGCCGACCGCAUGGUCCUUGUCGGCGCCGGUGCUGUCGACCACGAGGAGCUCGUCAAGAUUGCUGAGACUCACUUCGGUGGCCUGACCGCCUCGGCCGAGCCGCUUACCAUCGGCAGCCCCAGAGGCGAGAAGCCUCAGUUUGUCGGAUCCGAGGUCCGCAUCCGUGAUGAUGCUAUGCCUGCCGCGCACAUCGCCAUCGCUGUCGAGGGUGUCUCCUGGAAGGACCCCGACUACUACACCGCCCUUGUUGCGCAGAACAUCGUCGGCAGCUGGGAUCGUGCGCUCGGCAACGCUUCCGUUAUGGGAUCGAAGCUCUCGUACGUCUGCUCGGAGGAGAACCUCGCCAACUCCUACAUGGGCUUCUCAACCUCGUACUCCGACACCGGUCUCUGGGGUAUCUACCUCAUCACCGAGAACGUCAUGGGUAUCGACGAUCUCGUCUACUGCGCCAUCAAGGAGUGGCGCCGUAUCGCUACCUCCGUCACCGAGGCUGAGGUCGAGCGCGCAAAGGCCAAGCUAAAGGCCAACCUUCUUCUUUCCCUCGACAACACCACCGCUAUUGCUGAGGACGUUGGCCGCCAGCUUGUCACCACCGGCCGUGUUAUCUCCGCCGCCGAGAUCGAGCGGAUCGUUGAUGCCAUCACUGUCAAGGACGUCCAGAACUUUGGCCAGAAGUACUUGUGGGACAAGGAUAUCGCUAUCGCUGCCUACGGACCGAUAGAAGGACUGCUCGAGUACACCCGUGUCCGAAACUUGAUGGCUUCGUUGCGCUGGUAAAGAACGAAGUAUGAAUCCAUAAUAAACAAUAAUUACAAAAAAUGGUAAAAAUGUUUGGUGGGGUUUCGCUUGUUGACUUUUUCUUUUUAUCUCUGUUUGAUGUCUUUCUCAUUGUCAGUUAUAUGUCGUUGUCUUAUCUAGACGACGAACAGUUUCUUCAAGCAUUGGUCAUCAGCAAUAAGAUAUGGCAACGAGAAUCAGAAUCAAACAGGAAUAAGGAGAGAGGAGGAUAUCAGGUGGAAACUAUUAUAUAGAAAAUAACAUCUCACAUGGGCAGAGCGCGACCGAAAGUGAGAAAGCAUGUGAAUGAGAAGGAGAAUGAAAGACGUCCUAUGUAAUGACAGCAGCUCUUUUAUCUUUUAUUAGUUUUAUAUUUACUUUUCUAUCUUUCUUUAUUUACUUUCAUUUUCUUUCAUUUUUUUGUUUAGAGCUGCUUGAAUUCUUAGUUAAAUUUCAGUCUAUUGUUGUAUGUAAAUUUUAUCUUUUCAACUAUAAA